AUGAAGCCUUUUCUGGUUGCCCUGCUGGUGACAAUCCUGUGUGCCAAGCAAGCCUACUCGCUGUUCUGCUACACGUGUGACAAUGAGCACUCCAACUGGAACUGUCUUAAUACCUACAGGUGUGAAGACCACGAGAAGUAUUGUACAACCACAUACAGUUCUGUUGGGCUUGGCAAGGAUGCAGGGCACCGCAUCACCAAGAAGUGUUCAGCAGACUGUCCUGAGACGAACGUGAACUUCGGCGUGGCAGCUUACUCCACCAAAUGCUGCAGUACCUCCCUGUGCAACUUCAGCGGUGCCAACAGCAUCAAGAUCAGCUACGCCGCCAUGCUCCUGGGCAUCGUGGCCAGCUUGAUCUGUGUCGUCAGGGCAGGAUUGUGA